GUUAGUUUUAAGGUACAUAGGCGGGUAUUGUCACUUGCGAAGCGAAUUUAUUUGGCGAAGCGAACGCUUUAGCGAACAUACCCCAAUUUUGCAUUGUGAAUGGCGAAUGAACGUAUUCGCUAAAAUACGUCGUUGCCAUUCAUGAAAAAAGUAGUGCGUUCAUCCGAAUUUGACAUUUGUGCCAUUUAUACUUAAAAAUUUUUUUAUUAUAUCAACUGAAAUUUGAAAAUAUGUUUAAUAACGCGGAUCUGUAUUUUGAAGAUAAUUACGUUGUGGAAACGCGAACUAAUCUUCUUCGACAGCGCCGUUUUAUUAGAGAUAAUUCUAAUCCUACAGAGCUACCUAACACAGUAUUCGUUGCGAAUUUCCGCUUGAACAAGGACGCAUUUAUGUAUGUGCUGGAUAAAAUCAAAGACAAAUUUCAUUGUCGGAUGUCGUCUUCCAUAACCCCCAUGUUAAAAUUGUGUGCCGCACUCAGAUUUUUUGCACAUGGCAGUUACCAACAAGCUAUAGGGAAUGAAUUUCAGUUGGGACUUGCUCAACCAACAGUUUCCCUUAUUUUAAAAGAGAUCAUACCCAUUUUGGAAAAUGAAAUUUGUCGUACCCAUAUAAGCGUAGAUAUGAGUGAAGAAGAAAAGCAGCAGGCAAGGAGCAAAUUUUAUUCAAGAUCGGGAAUACCAAAUGUAAUAGGCUGCAUCGAUGGAACCCAUAUCGCGAUUUAUGCUCCUACCACAAACAAACACCUCUAUCUAAACAGAAAAGGAUUUUUUAGCAUAAAUGCAAUGAUUGCUUGUGAUCAUGAUAUGAAUAUCCGUUUUGUGGAUGCUAGAUAUGCUGGUUCUACACACGAUUCGUUCGUAUGGAACAAUAGUUCUCUAAAGGCAUGUUUAGAGGCAGCGCAUCAAAAUGGAGAUCAGAACUCUAUUUAUUUAGGUGACUCCGGAUACCCACUAAGCCCUUAUUUAUUAACACCUUUCCGUCAUGCAGAAUCUGGAACUAGGGAGUCAAUUUUUAAUAAGAAGCACGCGAAAGCGAGAAAUGUUGUUGAACGUACGAUUGGAGUUUUGAAAUGCCGUUUCAGAUGUCUUCUGAGUGAUAGAAAAAUGCGCUACGAUCCUGCUAAAGUAACAUCCGUUAUUAAUAUAUGCUGCGCCUUGCACAACAUUUGUAAAAAAUUUAGAAUCGGUGAUCCGGAGGAGGCUGAAACCUUCUUUGAUGCCGUUGUACCAUUGGAACCAAUUAAUGAAAAUGGCAAUGGUUCACCAGGAGAGCGCCGCAGAAGACAAAUUGCUGAUGCUCUGAUGUAAAUGAAACUAUACCGACUUCAGUGAAUAAUAUAUUGUAUUCUUUUAUUUUAUUCAAUACUUUGAAAUUCAAUAUUACAUAGAUAAUAAAUAUAUAAAAAUUACAAAAACUACAUGCUUUUAAAUUAAAUUAAAAAAAUCACAGA